CAGAACAUACACAAAAACGUCAGAGAGACAUUUGUUUCUCGUUGUAAGUCGUGUAUGUUUUUGUUUAAUUAAUCAUCACGCAUAUUUAUUGAGUUUGAUACUCAGCAUAGAAAAAUUAACUAAAACCAUGGAGAAGGAAUUAGACAGAGUAAUCGAAGAGAUAAUGUCCACGCCGAACGUUAACGGUUGCCUAGUGGCGGACCACCAAGGCCUCUGCUUGGCGUCGAAGGGUGCCGCGCACGUAGACUCGGCGGGCGUUGUCGUAGCGAUAUCGGAGCAAGCCUGCAAGAUACAGCCCAACCUGAAGCCGCCAACCGUCUGCCUGGAGACCGACACCAAGCAGUGCCUCAUACAGCGGCACGGGACGAUCACGGGAGCCAUUUUCAAGCAGAAGGCUUAGUAGUACCAUAGACAAGACAAACUUAUGAUAAUUGGAAUACUUUAUUAUAUCAACAUCUAAUUCAACCAAGGAGCUCAAAAAUAUGAAGAAUAUAUUGUGAUUGUGUGAUUAGCGUUGCCGAGAUGUCCAUGUCUGGAUUUUAAUUUUUAUGUGUCCUGCCUGUGUAUCUUAUGAGAGGAUCUUGGGACUAAAGCCUAAAAAGCAGUGUCUGAGAGUAGAUAUUUUGCCAAAAUCAAUCUAAGGUUUAUUUUUGCUGUAGUUUCAGGUAAAAUUGUAGACAUGAUAUUUAUUCUGAAACUGGACAUUACCAAAAAUACUGUUUAGGCGCAGCUGAAAAGGUUUGAAGUUUUUAGGCAGAAAUUGAACCUUAGGCAGAAACUGGCCGAUAUCAAAACUUCUGUCAGCCACUAAAAAGUAAUAUUUGUUUUUAUCACAAGUCAUAGGCUUUUUAAUGUCCAUCUUUAAGGCCUAGCAAUCUUAACUAAAGCUUCAUUUUGUGUAUAAAUUUUACAUUCUUCACAUGUGUCGCUUAACUUCAAACUCAGAUAAAUCCAUUCGACCCUCUCAGCAAAUAUCUACCUUAUUACCUUUUCAUAAUACCAAAAUCGCAUAAUCUGACAGAUGGAUUUACCUGAGUUUGAAGCUAAGCGACUCAUAUAUUUUAUUAUGACACCACAUAAGUGAAAGGCAUGACUUGAUUGUUAUAUUUGUGUAAAAAUUACGAUAGAUUAUUUAUAAGGUUGAAUAUAAAAAUAUUUGUUUUAUUUAUAAAAUGUAUAAUUUAGCUUAAUUUUUGUAAUAUAAUCUAUUGUAAGUUUAUAA